AUGAAUGCAUUUAGUAAAUGUGCUCAAUUAUGGCAAAAAUCAAAUAAACCAAAAAGCAAUGAAAUUAUAAUUAAACUUUUAGGGCAUACUUUAAGUUCUCCAGGGGCCACUAGAUGGAACUCCACUUUUGAUGCCGUUUCGCAGAUUCUUAAAGCAAAAGAAAAACUUCCAAUUUUGCAACAAAAUUUAACGUUAAAACUUUUUAAGGAAACUGAACUGUUAUACCUAGAGGAAUACUGUUUAGUUAUGAAACCUUUGGCCUCAACGUUAGAUUCGUUACAAGGUGAAGACAAUGUAUCUUUGGAUAUUUGUUACCCAGUUUAA